GUGGUCGGGGCGGGGCGGGCGGGGCAGGAAGGCCUUGGCUCCCUAACCUUGCGCAGACACUGACUGUCCGGGCACCCGGCUGCUGUGCUGUGAUUUGAGAAUCUUAGACUUUGGGUGCAACAAAUGAGCCAUGCUGCUGGCCCCGGGGCAUGCCCCAGCACCUCAGCCCACAGUUACCAUCCUGGUCUGGCACUGGCCCUUCACAGCCCAGCCCCCGGAGCUGUCCCGCAACACCUGUGCCGCCUAUGGCCUGUCCCACUGCCAGCUAAGCACCAACCGGAGCCUACUGGCCAGGGCUGACGCUGUGGUCUUCCAUCACCGUGAGCUGGAGACGCGAAGGAGCUACCUGCCCCUGGCACAGCGGCCCCGUGGGCAGCCCUGGGUGUGGGCCUCCAUGGAGUCCCCCAGCCACACGCAUGGCCUCCACCGCCUGCGAGGCAUCUUCAACUGGGUGCUGAGCUACCGGCGAGACUCGGACAUCUUCGUGCCCUACGGCCGCCUGGAGCCACGCCAGGGGCCCGCGCCACCUCUGCCCGCCAAGAACCGCCUGGCUGCCUGGGUGAUCAGCAACUUCCACGAGCGGCAGCAGCGGGUGCAGCUGUACCGGCAGCUGGCGCCGCACCUGCGGGUGGACGUGUUUGGCCGCGCCAGCCGGCGGCCACUCUGCCCCAACUGCCUGCUACCCACACUGGCCCCUUACCACUUCUAUCUGGCCUUCGAGAACUCACAGCACCGCGACUACAUCACUGAGAAGUUCUGGCGCAAUGCACUGGCAGCCGGUGCCGUGCCCGUGGUCCUGGGGCCCCCGCGUGCCACCUACGAGGCCUUUGUGCCCAGGGAUGCCUUCAUUCAUGUGGACGACUUUGGCUCGGCCUUUGAGCUGGCCACCUUUCUGACUGGUAUGAAUGAGAGCCACUACCAGCGCUUCCUUGCUUGGCGGGGCCGGCUCCGCGUGCAGCUGCUUGCCGACUGGAGAGAGCGCUUCUGUGCCAUUUGUGCCCGCCUCCCCCACUUGCCCCGCGACCAGGUCUACGAGGACCUGGACGGCUGGUUCCGGGGCUGAGCUACCCGCAGGUAGGCUGGGGCUGGAUCCAGGAAGCCACAGGGGUGGAAAGGGAGGAGCAGGUGUCUGCAGGGAGAGGCAGGACCCUGGGGCGCCAGUUCCCUCUUCCCCUGGAGCGAUAAUUGACUGAGUCCAGGCCUGGCCCACCCAGGGUGGAGGCAAGACCCUCGGGGCUGGGAGACAGCCUGCCCGAGGUGGGUGGGCAGAACCCCGGGACCAGCCGUAGAGGGCAGACGUGUGCCAUGGGAAGCCACAGUCCUCCACACAGGACGAGGGCCAGCA